UGUUUAUUUCCCCGGUACAUAGGGAUUCCUGAAGCUAAAAAAUCAAAGAAAUAUUGACUAUAAUUCUAUACAGAUGGAUACUUUAAUAGACUUUGCAUAUGAUGAUAAAAAUUUUGAAGUGACAGAUGAGAUGAAGAAAUGUUUUGAUGAACAAGGAUAUUUAUUAUUGAGAGGUUUGCUAAGUCCUGAAGAACUUAAAAAAGUGAGAAAUGUACUUGAGAAUACAGACAUGAUAAAAAAGCAUGGAUAUGGAAUACCAGAUGCUUCAGGUAGAAUGCCCAGAAUGGUGUUAUGGCGAGCCCCGGGGAGUGAUGUUACAGGAAUGAUCUGUCGAUGUGAAAAGGUUGUUACUACUUCAGAAAAACUUUUAGGAGGUGAGGUUUACCACUAUAGUUCUAAAGUAAUGAUGAAAGAUCCAAUGGUUGGAGGCAGACAAGAGUGGCAUCAAGAUUAUGGAUACUGGUACAAGAAUGGACUUCUGUAUCCUGAUGCUCUCAGUGUAUUUAUUCCAGUUGACAGAUGUAAUAAAGCAAAUGGUUGUCUUCAGAUUUUACCGGGAUCUCAUGUCUGUGGUCGUAUAGAACAUGGUAUGGUCGCUGGGCAAACUGGGGCUGAUUUAGAACGUGUCAAAGAACUGGAACAAAAACUUCCAAAACAUUAUGUGGAAAUGGAAGCAGGUGAUGCUCUAUUUUUCCAUUCCAAUGUCCUUCACUGCAGUGAUCCGAAUGAUAGUCAAAACAGACGUUGGGCCUUCAUAAUGGCCUAUAAUAUGGCCAGCAAUGAUCCUGUAGAAAGUUUAGCAGCUCCAUUCCCAAGAUACACAAAACUGGAAAAAGUACCUAACUCAGCUAUCUUGGAAUGUACAAAUGAAACAGACUUUAGUGGGAAAAAUUUCUUAGAUCCAACAGAAGAUAAAACUGUGAAAGCUGACUUGUCUAGACCCACCAAUGCUACCAAGGCAUAUUGAUGUGCUGAUUGUUAAAUUAUCUAGGCAAACAAGUGGGACAUAGCAAUAAAGGUUGUAAAAUAGGAUUUCUUAAAUUUAAUUUGACAAAAGAGGGAAUAAAUCUAUAAUGUAGAGGUUUAUGUUUCUAUACAUUUAUAUUCAUUUUACACCGUGGAUUCAUUUUUUUCGUGGAUAUUUGAUUUUGUGGUUUUGCAAAAGUUUGUAUACAAGCCUAUAGAAAAUAUAUACUUUGUUGAACUUUUAAAGUCGUUGUUUCCCUAUACCCACGAAAUCAAGGAAAAUUUGUACCCCACGAAUAAUUAUGAAUCACCCCACGAAUAAUUAUGAAUCACCCCACGAAUAAUUAUGAAUCACCCCACGAAUAAUUACGAAUCCACAGUAUACUGAAAUUGUUACUUAUUUUGUUCCCUUGAGAACAAAGUUUUUAUAGAAGUACUGCAUUCAAAUAGGAGUUAGCUUAUGUGUCUAUCACUAAUCCUGUACGGGUAAUGACAUUUCAUGCUCAUGAUCAUGAUCUUACCUUCGAUCCAAAAUUGUGCAUAUUUAAGACCAAGACUGCACCUGAUACAUUUAUUUAAACAUUGUGUGGACCAUAUCCUUGUUUUGUUUGCUUAGAUUCAAGAAAUAUGCACAAAAUUGUUCAUGGCUAGGAAUAUAUAAUGACCUUAACUGAAGACUACAGCUAAUACAUACAUUAAAUUGGUGUUCUAGUAAUAUCUUUACUAUCUGAAUGGUUCAAAUUAUACUGAGGACAAUUUCUCCAAAGAACAAAUGGAAUGCUACUGAAACACUAGAAAUCAGCUUUCAUUGAAUUUAUUAUUUAUUACAUAAUUCUAUUGUAAACAUCUUAUAACUAUUGAACUUUUAAAAAUAUAUUUUAUAAUAAAAUGUUUUAUAAAUAUAGUGCUAUAAUUCUUAGGGAAACAGUGCUAUUUCAAAUCCCAAGGUGCUAUUUGAAAAUGAUAGGAUGGAGACUAUUAAAAUUCUGAAAAAAACAGUAAUCAGUAAGUUAAUAAGGCCCUGUUUAGUGAAGUUGGAGUGUAUAGUAUUUGUUUUGUCUCUUUAAUUGUAUGUUUUUUUCAUUCAUAUGUAGGCCAUUUGUAUCCACAAUGUCCCCCUUUGUAUCCACAAUGUCUUCUUUUGUAUCUACAAUGUCUUCCUUUGUAUCCACAAUGUCCCCCUUUGUAUCCACAAUGUCCCCCUUUGUAUCCACAAUGUUCCCCUUUGUAUCCACAAUAUCUCCUUAACAAAGGGUAUGAUUUUAUAAUAAAAUGCUCAGUAUCUGAUGGCUUUGUGGUACUAUUUUAUUUUCAUCCAAAUGAUUACUUGGGUUAACAUUGCAAAACACAAGACUUAGUCAUAAAGAUAAAAGGAGAGAACUGGUUUUAAGCUCACCUGGCCCUAGCUUUUCUCAUCACUUGGCGUCCGUCGUCAUCGUCAUUGUUAACUUUUUACAUUUUGAACUUCUUCUAGAGAACCACUGAAUGGAAUGAAACCAAACAUGGCAUGAAUGUUCCUUAUGAAGUGCUGACCAAGUGUUGUUACUUUUUAGCCGAUCCAUCAUCCAAGAUGGCCGCCAGCAGGGGACUUCGUUUAACAUAGGACCCUAUGGACAAUACAUACAAAUGUCUUCUUUUAGAGAACCACUGAAUGGAAUGAAACCAAACAUGGCAUGAAUGUUUAUUAUGAGGUGCUGACUAAGUGUUGUUACUUUGAAGCCGAUCCAUCAUCCAAGAUGGCCGCCAGCGGGGGACUUCGUUUAACGUAGGACCCUUUGGAAAAUACAUACAAAUGUCUUCUUUUAGAGAACAACUGAAUGGAAUGAAUCCAAACAUGGCAUGAAUGUUCAUUAUGAGGUGCUGACCAAGUGUUGUUACUUUGAAGCUGAUCCAUCAUCCAAGAUGGCCGCCAGCAGGGGACUUUGUUUAACAAAGGAGACUAUGGGAAAUAUAUACAAUAUCUUCUUUUGAUGAACCACUGAAUGUAAUGAAACCAAACAUGGCAUGAAUAUUCCUUAUGAGGUGCUGACCAAGUGUUGUUACUUUGUAGCAAAUCCAUCAACCAAGAUGGCUGCCAAUGGGGGACUUAGUUUAACAAAGGAGCUUAUGGGAAAUAUAUACAAAUGUCUUCUUCUAGAAAACCGCUUAAUGGAUUGAAACCAAACAUGGUAUGAAUGUUUCUUUUGAGGUGCUGACUAAGUGUUGUUACUUUGUAGCUGAUUUGUCAUCCAAGAUGGCUGCCAGCAGGGGAGAGUAAGUUUAACAUAGGACCCUAUGGGAAAUACAUACAAAUGUUUUCUUCUAGAGAACCAAUGAAUAGAAUGAAACCAAACAUGGCAUGAAUGUUCCUAAUGAGGUGCUGACCAAGUGUUGUUACUUUGUAGCUGACCCAUCAUCCAAGAUGGCUUCCAGCAGGGGAUUUAGUUUAACAUAAGACCCUAUUGUAAAUACAUACAAAUGCUUCUUCUAGAGGUGCACUGAAUGGAAUGAAACCAAACAUGGCAUAAAUGUUCCUUAUGAGGUGCUGAUGAAGUGUUGCUACUUUGUUGCCGAUUUACUGUUCAAGAUGGCCACCAGGAUUUUUUAUUAAAUUAUGGGGCCAAUAUUAAACCAAGUUUGGCCUCAAUCAUUAUUAGGGUAUCUGUUAUGAUUUUAAUCUAUUUUUACAUGAUUUCCAAAACCAAAGUAGAAUCAGGUGAGCGACACAGGCUCUUGAGAGCCUCUAGUUUAUUUAUAUGAUAAGUUUUUUAAUUGAAUGAGUAUAUUUGUCUCAAUAUUAUAACAAAUGGGGAAUAUUAUGCCAUUAAAUGAUUGUUAUAUUUUUAUAUAUUGAUAAUUUCUGAUUAUUGUAAUGUAUUUGUUAUCGUUAAUGAAUUUUAUGUAAAACUACAAAAAAAAAUGUAUAUCAAGAUUAUGUGCAAUAAAUAUAUAGUUAUAAUAUUUA